ACUGUCUUCUCCGAUAGUCCGAUUUCUAUGUUCCCGUUAAUUGGGGUUUUAGGGUUUUCCGAUUAGUUCCACAAUGCUCUCUAUUCGCCGCCAUGCCAAAACCGUAGCUUCCUCCUGCACCAACCUUACUCAGAAACGAACCUACGUCGACGUUUACAUGAAAUGGAAGAGAGAUCCUUAUUUCGACAACAUCGAACACAUCCUCCGAUCAUCUCAGCUCAAAUCCGUCGUCUCUCUUAAGAACUGUAUCGUCCAGGAACCUAAUCGCUGCAUUCCGAUCUCUGCCAUCUCCAAGAAGACUCGUCAAUUCGAUGUAUCAACCAAAAUCGCUCACUUCUUAAGGAAGUUUCCUUCAAUCUUUGAAGAGUUCGUUGGUCCAGAGUAUAAUCUCCCAUGGUUUAGAUUGACACCAGAAGCAACAGAACUAGAUAGGCAAGAGAGAGUCGUAUACCAAACUUCUGCAGAUGAUUUGCGUGAUAGGUUGAAGAAAUUGAUUCUGAUGAGUAAAGAUAAUGUUUUGCCACUAAGUAUAGUUCAAGGAAUGAAAUGGUAUUUAGGUUUACCUGAUGAUUACUUGCAGUUUCCAGAUAUGAAUUUAGAUUCUUCGUUUAGGUUUGUGGAUAUGGAAGAUGGAGUUAAAGGUUUAGCAGUAGAUUAUAAUGGAGGAGAUAAGGUUUUGUCUGUGUUGCAGAAGAAUGCAAUGAAGAAGAGAAGAGGAGAAGUGAGUUUAGAAGAGAUUGAGUUUCCUCUGUUUCCAUCAAAAGGUUGUAGAUUGAGAGUCAAGAUUGAAGAUUGGUUAAUGGAGUUUCAAAAGCUUCCUUAUGUAUCACCAUAUGAUGAUUAUUCAUGUUUGGAUCCAAGUAGUGAUAUAGCAGAGAAGAGAGUUGUUGGUUUUCUUCAUGAAUUGCUUUGUCUUUUCGUUGAGCAUUCUGCUGAGAGGAAGAAGUUGUUAUGUCUCAAGAAGCAUUUUGGAUUGCCGCAAAAGGUUCAUAAGGCGUUUGAGAGACAUCCGCAGAUUUUCUACUUGUCUAUGAAGAAUAAAACUUGUACAGCUAUUCUUAGAGAGCCUUAUAGAGAUAAAGCUAGUGUUGAAACACAUCCUGUGUUGGGGGUAAGGAAGAAAUACAUCCAGUUGAUGAAGAAUUCAGAGUUGAUUCUGAAGAGUCGAAGGAAUAGUUUCGGGUUUAGGGACGAAGGGGUUGUAGAUAAAGAUUUGGAUUUGGAUUUUGAAGGCUAA